GAGAGGAUAGAUUAUUAAUGGCCCAUGGCCCAUGGCCACAGCCAUCCAUCAUCAUCCAUGCCCACUAGGAUUGUUAGAUAUUUAUAAGAACCCACAUCGCUCCCAUGUUCUAUAUCUUCGACUUCUUGACUUCUGAGCUGUUUUAUCAAAUUCAAAAUCCUCAAAACACCGUCUUAUUCGUAGUUCAUUCAGAGCAAAUUAAAUUUAAGAAGAAGAAGAUGAAGGAGGGGUUGGUAGUGGAUGCUGGGUAUGUAUGCAAGGAAGACACCUAUCUGACAGUUUCAAAGACCUCACUCUUCUUCGUUGGCGAUGGCUUUACUGCUUAUGAUUGUAAAGGCGCCCUCGUCUUCCGAGUCGACUCCUAUGGACCCGAUAUGCGUGAUAAGCUCGAACUCGUUCUCAUGGACGCCCACGGCCGCUGCCUCCUUACCGUCCGCCGUAAGAGGCCGAGUCUGCAUCAACGGUGGGAAGGGUUCCUAGGGGAGAGAACAGAGGGACAGAAGCCGAUCUUCAGCGUGAGGAGAUCAUCGAUCAUCGGACGGUCGAGCGUGACGGUGGAGGUGUACAAGAAUCAAGGCGAGGAGUACCAGAUCGAAGGGUCUUUUGCACAGCGCUGCUGCACGAUCUUCAACGUGGAGAAAGAAUCAGUGGCUGAGAUCAGACGCAAAGUGGAUGCCUCCACCAAUGUGGUGCUUGGGAAAGACGUCUUCUCUCUGUGGGUGAAGCCCGGCUUCGAUGGCGCUUUUGCCAUGGGACUCGUGCUGGUUCUUGAUCAGAUCAACGGUGAUGAUUAUGUCCCUGAUGGAGUAGACGUGGAACCCACCGCAGCAGAGGACUCAUUAACCCACUAAUUUGUUUUGUGUAUGCACAGGCAAUAGUUUUAUAGAUUGAAGGGGUUUGGUUUUAACUUUUAUGGAUUUCUGGGCUUUGAUCUGGAUAUUAAUAAUUAAUUAAUGUAAAAAAGAAAAUAUCCGAUGUGCUUCUCGACCUGGCAACCUCUGCGUUUUUUGUUUUCUGUAAAUGGAAACCUCUCUGUCUUGCCACUCGGAUCUUCGUUGAAUUUGACUUUGCUACUUCUGUGUGAGAGUAAUUGUAUAAUCUUUAAUAUUAUCUAUUUCACUCA